GUGCUUCCUUCUGCAUUCCGUUGAUGAUAGCUAGUGUUCAUCAUCAUCUUUUUUGUCAGUCCAAUCGGUCGGCUCCAAAUCCAAGAUGGGCGUCUCGGCUGCUCCAAAGCCAAAAAUUCGGACUCUUAGUUGUGUUUUCAAAAACGGGGAAGCGUAGAGGUACAAGAGCACUCGCUUUGUUCGAAGGUUUCAUCGAACAUCGGUUUUGUGCUACUAACUUCGUUAGACCUCUCUCUCGCUCUCUCUGUCGGAAUCAUCUGCUCAGGUAGAAGCUCACCAGCGUUUAAACUCGGGGCGCACUCGUCGGAGAACAUGACUCGGGGUGAAUAGAGCAAGUAGUACUCUGGAAGAAUCGAUUCGAUUUAAGUGUUUAUUCACUUGUCGUCACAUCGUGGGGCAAGGAGGAAGCGAACGCACAUAGAUUUUUCUACCAGAUAACGAAGCUCAUUUAUCUAGAAGCAAGAAACUACAAAGAUUCACUACCAUUGCGAGAGGAAGAAGAAUUCUUCAAAGAUGAGUGUUUCCGAUGCACAGAUGAAACACCUGAUGAACUGCGCGGACGAAGUUUCGUGCGAGGUGGAGGCCGAUUUCGACAAUGGUAAGCUUGCGCUGCCAGAUACGGAGGCGGCUUUUAGCGACACCUACCAGGAGAUUAUGAGACGCCUGGCGCAAAAACUCCACGACGAAACGGAAGCGGCCGCUGAUGCGGCUUUGCAAAAGCUCCCCGCCGAUGUGGUAAAAGUAGCAGUCAGCGGCUUUCUGAAGUCCCAAUCCGAAAUGGGUGACGGUGAACCGGCGGCCGAUGCGCUCGACGCGUUUGCGUCUAUAGUACCUGCCAGCGUCCUCACGAUGCCCAACGCUACUGUCAGCAGGGCGUGGAAAACAAAUGCAAAAGAGGCGCGGGACAACUGGGCAGGGAGUUACAACGAACAAAUUACCCGCGCAAUCCGAAACGCCUGCCGGGGCUGUGUCCGCAAGUGCGUUCAGGUGAGGAUUGAAGGGAGCGGCUGGGCAGAGCAGCGCGUGGUCGAUGACGGAGCGCCGGCGACUGUGGUGCUCCGCAACUGCCCGCGACCUCCGCGCUUCGUUUCGGCGUACACGGUCGGUGGAAAUGGAACUCCGAUGGAUGUUGAUAUCUUAAUCAACCAGGAGAAUCUCUCGCUGCUGAGAGCAUCUGUGAUCGAAAACAUCGCGAAGGAGUUCGAGCGCUGGGAUUACAAAAUCGAUUUCAAGUUGCCUAUCCGUCGCACUGGUUUCGUGACGGAAGCCGAGUUCUUGCGCCAUGGCUGCGGGUUCGACGUGACGUGGAGCGUUUCGUGA